GCAUAUAGCAGAGUAGGCCUGCGCACAUUUUAAAAUGUCUGUGAUCACAGCACUUGGGAGAUAUUAGCAGGAAGAUCACGAGUUUGGCCUUGACUACGCGACACCUAGUCUUUUAAAACAAGCAAGCAAACAACUGUAACAGAAGAGAAAAAAAAAAAAAAAACAGUGGAAAGCAGCCUUUCAGCAUACAAAUAAAAGUGAAUUGCAUGUUUUGACACCCUCUGUCUUGAGAAUUGCCCAGAAUAUGGCCUUCCCCAUGCUGUUUUCAGUUACUGGGCCUUCUCAAGCUCAGUAUUAGCAGUGAAUCACUAAAAGGGAAUUGCGGAGGCACUGCAGUGAAGAAACAUGUAAUCAUGGACUCGCCUUGCUAAUCAUCACCACCUGCUCUCCUUGUUCAAGCCAGCAAGAAAGUGGGUGCAGGAGAAGGAGAAGAGGCCAACAUGAAGCUAAAGCAGCGAGUUGUGCUGUUAGCAAUACUCCUCGUCAUCUUUAUCUUCACCAAAGUUUUCCUGAUAGAUAACCUAGAUUCGUCAGCUGCCAACCGAGAGGACCAGAGGGCUUUUCACCGAAUGAUGGCUGGCUUGCGGGUGGAGCUGGCACCUAAGUUGGACCACACCCUGCAGUCUCCAUGGGAGAUCGCAGCCCAGUGGGUGGUGCCCCGGGAAGUGUACCCUGAAGAGACACCAGAGCUGGGAGCCGUCAUGCAUGCCAUGGCCACUAAGAAAAUCAUUAAAGCUGAUGUGGGCUACAAAGGGACACAGCUGAAAGCUUUACUGAUACUUGAAGGAGGACAGAAAGUUGUCUUCAAACCUAAGCGGUAUAGUAGAGACUAUGUGAUAGAAGGGGAGCCAUACGCUGGUUAUGACAGACACAAUGCAGAGGUGGCAGCCUUUCAUUUGGACAGGAUUCUGGGUUUCCGCCGAGCUCCCUUGGUCGUUGGCAGGUAUAUUAAUCUGCGAACAGAGAUCAAGCCUGUUGCCACGGAGCAGCUGCUGAGCACCUUCCUAACUGUAGGGAACAAUACUUGUUUCUAUGGGAAGUGCUAUUAUUGCCGAGAAACAGAGCCAGCAUGUGCUGAUGGAGACAUGAUGGAGGGAUCUGUCACACUCUGGCUUCCAGAUGUGUGGCCUCUGCAGAAGCAUCGACACCCCUGGGGCAGGACUUACCGAGAAGGCAAACUGGCCAGGUGGGAAUAUGAUGAGAGCUACUGCGAUGCUGUGAAGAAAACGUCCCCCUAUGACUCAGGCCCGCGCCUCUUGGACAUCAUCGACACUGCUGUCUUUGAUUACUUGAUUGGCAAUGCCGACCGCCACCACUAUGAAAGCUUUCAAGAUGAUGAAGGCGCUAGCAUGCUUAUUCUUCUUGAUAAUGCCAAAAGCUUUGGGAACCCCUCGCUGGAUGAGAGAAGCAUUCUGGCCCCUCUCUAUCAGUGCUGCAUUAUUCGGGUUUCGACUUGGAAUAGACUGAACUGCCUAAAGAAUGGUGUGCUGAAGUCUGCCUUAACAUCUGCCAUGGCCCACGACCCCAUCUCCCCCGUGCUCUCCGACCCACACUUGAACACUGUGGACCAGCGCCUUCGCAAUGUCCUGGCCACUGUCAAGCAGUGUACGGACCAGUUUGGGAUGGAUACUGUGCUGGUGGAAGACAGGAUGCCUCUCUCCCACUUGUAACUCUCAGCACGGAACAAGUGGAACUGAUUUUUACAAAGAUAGAGAAACAGCACAAUGAAUUCCAAAUGGCAUGUGACAGCCUGGGAGUGGCCAGCAGCCGGCUCUGGUGGUAGAAGACAGAGUAGCCCUGGGAGUGCUGGUUGUUUUCUGCAGUGGAAGCUAAAGACCAGUGUCAGCGAGUCACCUGACGCCCUCGGCAGGCGGCUGCCAGGCAGCAGGCACCAGCUCUGUGCAGUCUCUAUUCCCACACCAAAGGAUAAGCAGCUGUGACGCUGGCUAAGGAAUUAUUCCAGGGUGUGUGUCUUGGGUGAACCUUGCCAUCCUUUCUCCAUACCCGUGGAUUCUGUGGAAACACUUUGCAGUCCCCUGUGUCUUUAAAAAACAAAAACAGGACUAGUAAGAGUGGAAAAUGUACUGCUCCUCCAUUGUGGCAUCAGACAAAAUAGCAGUCUGCUGCAGGAGACCCAUUUUUAAGGUAGAUUGGAGGAAGGGGGAGGGCAGGAAGGUGUCGGGGCUGUUAGCUAUUGGGUGGUGUGGAUCUGACAUCUCAGGGAAGAGAAGAGGGAGGGACUCACUCUGUAGAACCAGGAGGACGAUUUUAGUGAAAAUCAAGCUUCCCCUUGAUUUAGGUUUUAGAUGUGUCCAAAGCAAACAGUCAUCCCCCGUUGUGUUCAAAUUAACCAAAACCAUCUCUAGAGGAACUGUUAUUACUACCCAAGCAUGAUCCUCUAUGGACACUAAUUUACCUACCUUUUGCCCCAAGUAGCAAAACAAGCUAAAAUAAUACAAGUCAGGGACCUUCGAUCUCUGCCAUCCUCAUUUUUUCUUUCUUUUUUCCCCCUUUCUUUUUCUCUGAAUAGCAUUGUUUAUUUUGAGGUAGACUAUAUAGACUCUUACUCUAGCCCAUGCUGAUCUGGAACUUACUAUGGAAUCCAGGCUCGCUUUGAACUGGCAGCCAUCCUCUGGCCUCAGCCUUCCACAUGCUAGGAUUGUAGGUAGGAGCUACCAUGGCCGGCUCGCGUUUCUCCUCUGAGGUGAGCUCAUAUCCUGGGAAGUGAAUGGCCUGUGAGGAGUUUGAUGAGUGAUGCUGCUGUUCCGAGGAGGUUGAUGGCCGUGUAUCUGUCUGUCUUAUGAGAAAGCGUCCUGCUGGUGGCUGCACCAAGUUUGUGCUGUAGCCCCACAGGUAGAAGAGUGGAAGAUUUUAAGCCUUCUGAGCCUUGGAACUGAGGAGAUCACCACAGAGAGCCUUAAUAUUUUGGUUUAUAUCAAAUCCAGAUUCUGUCCUGUCUCGUUUGGAGUUCUGAGCCCAUGGUGGAGGAGAGUCUUCCAUCCAUGUCCGUCGUGGCAGUCAUUUGACAUGUAGGCAGCUGCGGUGAACUGCAGAGCUAGGGAAUAUGUCUGGGGCAGUGUCCACUCAGCUGAAUGUUGCCUCUACAUCCUGUCCAGUUUAAGACUAGCCUCUCAGCAUUGUGCUUGACAUUGAGUGCCAGCCAUGGAGCCUGGCUUGAGGCCACCACCGUCUGAGUUUAUUCCCCCAGGUUCCUCACACUGAAACCUCAUAGCCUACAACCUCAUUUAAGUGGCAAGAAAUUAGGAACGUUUGUACAUCUUAUGUACAUUUUGAGGUAGAUUAAGGAAUAGGCUGUGUUUUUUGUUUUGUUUUGUUUUUGGUGUGUUGAACUUAAGAAAACAAAUAUUAGCACAAAACACUAAAAUGGUGUCAACAAAAGGAGGUAUUGAGUCCAUUUUCCAGGGUUGGACACUGAUGCUAUGUACAUCCAUCCAAGGAAAUUCACAGUUGAACUUGAGCUUAGCCUAGUUAGCACUUGUGAAAGGGGGCGCCAGAUGCUGGGAGCCAGCAGAGCGGACUGCAGUGAGCCCUGCCCUCAGUGCUGACUAAGCUGGCAAUGGGCAUUCUGUCAGACACCCUGGGAAGUGAGUAGGAACUGUUCCCAGGCAAGCAGCCUCAGCUGCAGUGUUGAAGACACAGUCCUCCUGGCGAAAAGAGCAGGCAGGAAAGCUACUUCGAAAAACUCUCUCCUUCAGAGCAGUUACAGAAAAGUCAUCUCCCGCCUCAUUUUCACACCUCUGGCAUCAGCAGGCACCUCCACAGUGGACAAAGUUAGAAUUGCAUCAAUAGAGUCAGCUGUGACAUGCGGUUAGAAUAUAACUCUGUGUUCUAAGCUGGGGGUUGGAUUAAGCUAGGGAAGGCAUAUCUGGGUGAGUCUCGGUGUGGCGCCGGGGUUGGGGCUAGCUAUAGAUACGAAGUUCUGUUGGGGGAAAAAGACAGAUACGUAUUUGAAAAGUAUUGUAACCCUGGCCUCUUUCGGUUCGUUUGCUAGAAUUAGGGCUGUUACAGUCAAGGCAGUGGUGUGGGGGGGGGGAGAUUUGGUCAGCUCUAAGUUUGGCAGCUGAAUAUCCACACAGAUGGAUGCAUUCAGGACAAACCCAAGAAGCCAGAACCCACUGCUCUAUCCUCGUUCCCUCCCCUUCCUAAAGACAUGUAUUCUGAAGUUGAAAUGGGGAGAUUCGGGUAUAGGAUUUUUGUUCUCAAACUGUUCCUUAAUCUAAGGCUGCAUUGUACUUUGGAGAGGGUUGUAAGUAAUUUUCUUUUAAAACAGUAGACUCUGAUUUGCUGAGGAUGUUUGGUAUUUCUUAAGGUAUGUCUCCCUGUUUGCACUCAGGGUUAAAGUGUCAAUCUAAAUUUUAAGAAGAAAAUAGAGGAAUUCAGGUACAUUCAUUAUAGGUUAUUUUAGCCAAGUGAAUCCUGACGGUUUCUCAAUUUUCCCAGUGCUGGAGACAGCAUUGCCAUCCAAAGAAAUUCAGGUUUUCUUUAAAAUGCUCACACUGGCUUUCCAUCCCCAUGCAUUAUCUUCCCUCAGUCUCUCCUCCUAUCCCUCCCUGCAACUCUCUGGUUAUCCUGUGAUCAUGAACAGUUGUUGUCAGCAAGCUCUCCUGGGAGUCCCAAGAGAUCUGGAUUUCAGGAUAGGCACGUGGUAGUGUUUGGCUUAGUGUGGCCAUUAUGCGUUCUGCCGAGGAUAAUGGUCCUGCUUUGACACGAGGAGAUACUGACACUGAGAAAGGACUUGGCUGUUAAAGGUAGGAUGUUCAUCUAACAUUUCCUGAGCAGUCUGAUAAGCCAGGUGGCCUGACUGUGAAAUACACUCCGUGGGGAGGCUGGCCUUUCCCCCCUAUUUCUCCAGCCUGGGUGGUGAGUGGGGCCUGGCUGCUGUCUGCCACAAGCUUUUAGGACCUAUGGUGAUCCUCAUAAAUUCGGGGGAAGCUGGGAGUGACUUACUGGGAAGCUAAUUUAUUUGUCCAAAGGGUGGUGUAGGCAUCACUACCCUCUUGUUUGAUCUACCUAGGAUUUCCUCUUGGAGUUGUUAUGCAGAUAGAGGAUGUACUUGGUAAGACAUCAAACAAAUUUCUAAUGUGUUGUAUGGGUUUCAAUUCUGAAAAAAAAAUAAAGAUUUUAAUAUAUA